GCUAUGGUAGAAGUUCAGCUGGAUGCAGAACAUGACUACCCUCAAGGUCUCUUGAUAGCCUUCAGUGCCUGUACUACUGUCCUCGUUGCAGUUCACCUUUUUGCACUCAUGAUAAGUACCUGCAUUCUUCCAAAUAUAGAGGCUGUUAGCAAUGUGCAUAAUCUCAACUCCGUCAAGGAAUCUCCUCAUGAGCGUAUGCAUCGGCACAUUGAGCUUGCGUGGGCAUUUUCUACUGUCAUCGGGACUUUGCUUUUUCUUGCAGAGGUGGUGUUACUGUGUUGGGUGAAGUUUCUUCCUUUAAAGAAGAAAACUGAUAAUCCACUGCAGAGCAACAGUUCUACCAUCACAUCAGGACAGGCGGCAGCCAUUGCAUCAACGUCUAUUAUGGUUCCCUUCGGAUUGAUUUUCAUUGUGUUUGCAGUCCACUUCUAUAGGUCACUGGUGAGCCAUAAAACAGACAGGCAAUUUCAAGAACUGAAUGAACUUGCUGAAUUUGCACGGCUCCAGGAUCAGCUGGAUCACAGAGGUGAUGCUAUCUCCUCAGCUGUUACCCAUUUUGCGUAAACCUGUACUUAAAGAAAAUAAACCAGCUAUUCUGCUUCUGCC